AUGCAAAACUCCAACCCAACAAUCCUCAGUGCCGCUGAUCUCCCCACUCGAAAACAACAAUCCCGCCACUCCGCCGCAGCUAAAGCGGACUCCCCGUAUGCCGGGGGGAUCUUCGCCCAGGAACUACAUCCCACCUCCGUUCUCCCCCAUGACCCUUUUGCUAGAGACUAUCUCAGCAGCCACUCCGCUUCCGAAUCUGAAAGCGAUGAUGAUUUAAUAGCAGAGCCCAUCGACGAACAAGAAAUAUUCGACCUAAUCUCCACAAUUGCAGACCCCGAACACCCAAUAUCCCUCGGCUCCCUCGCCGUCGUCUCUCUCCCAGACAUUUCGAUCCGACCCUCACUACCCAGCAAUCCCGAUUCCCCGCUGCGCACCGUCACCGUCCUCAUAACGCCCACAAUAACGCACUGUUCCCUCGCAACGGUGAUAGGAUUGGGUGUGCGUGUGCGGCUGGAACAGUCCCUGCCACACCGCUUCCGUGUUGAUGUGCGUAUUAAGGAGGGCACGCAUAGUACGGCUGACGAGGUAAAUAAGCAGCUGGCGGAUAAGGAGCGGGUGGCGGCUGCGUUGGAAAAUGGAACGCUUAUGGGUGUUAUUGGGCGGAUGUUGGAGACGUGUCAAUGA